UGUGCACCAGUGUGUGCUGUAGUGGUGUGGUGAUGUGUGUGUGCACCACGGCUCACCACAAUUGUUGUGACACUCGCUCUCCCUCACUCCUCAGGUUUGACACAAGGAUUGGUGGCCUGACCUUCACCGAGCAGUUCCUCAGCAUCAGCACGGCGCUGCCCAGCAAGAAUGCGUACGGCCUCAGGGAGAACGCACACGACUCCUUCCGACACGUGAUGGACGGCUCAGUGUGGCGGCUCUUCUCCCGAGACGAGGGACCCGUGCCACAGGCCGGAAAGCAAGUGAACCUGUAUGGGUGCAUCCGUUCUACCAGUGUGUGGAGAACGACGGGCGAGCCCACGGCGUGCUGCUCCUCAACAGCAACGCCAUGGGUGAGCACAGAGUGGCAGAGUGACACAGCACUCUACACGCAGCCUUGGUGUGUAGUGAAGCUGAUUAUGUAACAUAGAAAUCAACCAACUUUUGGGUAAUGGCACCUGUGGGUGAAGGUAAUCAAUGCACACCUGUUCUGCGGUGGCUCUUCACUACUUUGCUGUUUAGUCAGUUUUGUAUCUAAGAUCUUCAUAGUAUCCAUCACAGCAGCUGUUCCACUCUGUAAGAUCGUCGAUAAGUGUUUGAAGCCCAGCCUUUGUUUUUGGCAAACAAAGCCUCUUUCUCGCUAGUUGUGGUGGAGCUUUCUUCUUUAUUGGGAUGGAGAUGCUGAGGGCAGAGUGAUCGCUGACUACCUCAGGCACAACCGUACACUGUCCACUAAUCCCCUGACCAUUGAGUACACAAGCGUAAUGAAGCCCGCCAGCCUUCACGUGCGUCACACAGGCACACAGGCACACAGACACACAGACACACAGACACAUAGGCACACAGACACACAGGCACAUAGGCACACAGGCACACAGGGGGCCCCUAACAAGUGUGCUUCAGGAUGAUCUUGCACGAAAUGAUAGAAAGCCUUUCCAUUGCUAUUGUCAAAGCCAUUUAAAUGUCCUAGUUUUGCAUGCCUUGCGUUGAGGUCUCCAGCUAUCAGUGUUACAUCAUUGUAUAUGCACUCAGGAAUGUUACUUACAUUGAAACUGUUCUUUGAUGUAUACAGAUUUACUAUAUUUAAUACACCACUGUCUA